GUUUUGCUCAAAAUAAAGAAAAGAAUGUGUGAUAUGUGAAGUAUAUAGAGGUGGUGUAGAUAGCAUUUAUUUAUCCUUAACAGAAAUGGGCCAAAGGUCACAAAAUCCUAAGAUCAUUGUUCUUCUAUCCACUUUUCGCUGUUACGCAAUUUAGUGAAAAGAAGAACAAUCUAGAAACAACAGGUUUUGCAUUGCAUAAUCAUCAAAAUCCGAAAACGAGGUUACAAUUGUCUCUGACAGUCAGUUACCAAAGAAUCUAGGGUUUCACAGCUUCUUCUUCUUCUCUCAAACAAAUAUGAGUCGUCAUCCGGAGAUCAAGUGGGCUCAAAGGGGCGACAAAGUUUACAUCACGGUUCAGUUGCCAGAUUCCAAAAAUGCGAAAGUGGAUCUUACUCCAGAUGGUGUUUUUACUUUUUCUGCCACUGCUGGUGCUGGAGACCAUCUUUAUGAGCUUAAUUUGCCACUCUUUGACAAGGUUAAUGUAGAGGAGAGCAAAAUUAAUGUAGGGGUGAGAAGCAUAUUCUGUGUUGUGCAGAAAGCAGAAGAAGAGUGGUGGAAAAGGUUACUGAAAGCAGAAGGGAAGCCUCCACAUUACGUGAAAGUAGAUUGGGAUAAAUGGGUGGACGAAGAUGAAGAUGCGGGUACCGGUGACCUAGACAUGGGAGGGAUGGAUUUCUCGCAAUUUGGCGGGAUGGGUGACGAUGCUGUUGGUGAUGAUUUUGAUGACAGUGAGGAUGAAGGGCAAGAAGUGUCAAAUUCUGGAAAAGAAGAGGGUGAUGAUAAGGAGGGAGGUUCUGGUGUUGGAAAAGAAGGCGUCGUUGAAGAAGCUACUGCGAGCACGUAAUCUUGGAUGUGUUGUGAAACUUGAGUCUGUAACGGUCUAAGUAGAGAUGAUGAAAUUACUAUACAUGUGUGUUGAAGCAUUAGUUUGUGUUAUGUUUGUUGCAGCAGAAGCUCCUUCAAGUUGAAGUAGGAUAUUGUACAAUUGAGAUUUUUAUCUAUUGAAGGACCGUGCUUAAUUUUGGUUAAA